GGAACUUCUAUUCAUUUACUGUACACAACGUACCCACAUUAUCAUAUACAUAAUUUACGUAACGCGUAAUUUGUGGUUACCAGCCCACAAAAUGCAUCUUUUUCAUUUACUUAUCAAUCCACAAUAUUGGACGUUACAUGAAAAAUGAAUAUAAUCAUAAUGUGUUACAGGAUAGAUGGAGCCCGAGGGAUCUAUGUUCUUUAGAAGAACUAUUGGCUUUGUUGGGUUCUCGAAAACUCUCGGCAGUUCAGACAGUAUCUAUGGAGACAAGAAGUAACAUUUGUGAGGAAUCUUCGGUGGGGACCACAUUGCAGUCAUCUCUUCAGCCAUGAUGCGUCUCCUGCGAGUGUUUCCCGGUGUUUUCUGCUUUAGGUUCUAGUUUCCAGCAGCACCGGUUCAACUUAUGUCUAUGGCGUUUCCUUGCCUUUUAUUCACCAUUCAAAUACAUUUGUUAUGUCUUCUCUGAAGAGUUUCUGCUGUGCCACAACUGGCAGUCUGCAACCUGAUCCGCAGCGAAAGGCUAUUCCGUCUGACUGUGAUCCUGGAGCACCACCGCUUCAGCCUGGGAGAGUUUCCAACAAAGCCGAGCGCACCCGCGGACCUGGAUGCCGAGGGGGCGGCGGGCAUGCGCAGAAGCGCGGAGCGGGUUGGAUGGCGAGGGAGGAGGGGGCGGGCCAGAAUCACAGGCCCCACCCCUCACUGCCGCUGCGCCGAGCAGCGCAGGCGCAGUGCGAUCGUACCUGAGCUACCUCCAUGAGCGCGGACGGUCGGCGGGUUGUGGGCCGCCGGCUCGGUGUUGGUCGCCCGGCGGCGAUCCUGAGGUGGUCCCAGCGUUGUUGAGCUACGUGGGCGGCGGGAGUUGUGCAUUCGGCGGAUGUGAAGUACUGAGAGAGACUGAUUUCCUCGGCUGACAUCAGGCCUCCCAUCGCCCGGCGGUUGGAGCGGGAUGUCGAGCCCGGCGCUGUUGCCGCUGUCGAGUCGCCGGCUGGCGGCUCUGAGCCCCGGCUCGUCCGUCUCCUUUUACCCGCAUCACAGAGCCACCCUGCGGCUAUCGGAGAAAUUCAUCCUCCUGCUCAUCCUCAGCGCCUUCAUCACCCUGUGCUUCGGGGCCAUCUUCUUCCUUCCCGACUCCUCCAAGCACAGGCGCUUCGAUCUGGGGCUGCAGGACGUGCUCAUCCCGCACAUCGAGCAGGGCAGGUCGGCGGGACGGGACGGCAGCGCCGGACCACAAGGCGGCGGCGGAGUUAUGGUGCAUGGAGGCGGGGAGGAGCAUCGGCACCGACACAGGGAGGAAGAGGAACAACUACGGAAAAUGAUCAGGGCAGAUCACGAGAGGGCUCUAGAAGAGGCAAAGGAAAAACUGAAAAAAUCCAAAGAUCAAAUUCGUGCUGAAAUUCAGACAGAGAAAAAUCGUGUGGCGCAGGAUGCGAAGAAAAGAGAAGGCAAACAAUUACCACAAGUACCUAUUCCAAAACUUGUGGGAAUCAAUAAUGGAGACCCUGGUGAUCCAGAUACCAGAGAAAAACAAGAGAAGAUUAAAGAGAUGAUGAAGCAUGCUUGGGGAAACUAUAGACAGUAUGCUUGGGGGCACAAUGAAUUGAAACCUCUUUCAAGGAAAGGCCAUUCGACCAAUAUAUUUGGAAAUUCUCAGUUGGGUGCUACCAUAGUGGAUGCGUUAGAUACACUCUACAUCAUGGGACUUUUUGAUGAGUUUCGAGACGGGAAAGAAUGGAUUGAGAAGAACCUAGAUUUCAGUGUGAAUGCAGAAGUCUCUGUCUUUGAAGUGAAUAUCAGGUUUAUUGGAGGCCUUCUGGCUGCCUAUUAUCUCUCAGGAGAGGAGGUCUUUAAACAGAAAGCUGCACAACUUGCUGAGAAGCUGCUGCCUUCCUUUAACACCCCCACAGGUAUCCCUUGGGCAAUGGUGAAUCUGAAGAGUGGUGUUGGACGGAACUGCUGGGCAUCUGCUGGGAGUAGCAUUUUGUCUGAAUUUGGGACCCUGCAUUUGGAGUUUGUGCAUCUGAGCUACCUGACAGGGGACCCCAUCUACUACAAAAAAGUGUUGCAUAUUCGGAAGUUAUUGCAGAAUAUGGAUAGACCCAAUGGCUUGUACCCUAACUACCUUAAUCCAAGGACAGGUCGUUGGGGCCAACAUCAUACCUCUGUGGGUGGGCUAGGAGACAGUUUCUAUGAAUACUUGCUGAAAGCUUGGCUGGUAUCUGAUAAGACUGAUACAGAAGCAAGGAAAAUGUAUGAUGAUGCAAUGCAGGCUAUUGAAAAGCAUCUUAUCAGGAAAUCAAACAGUGGUUUGACUUUUAUUGGAGAAUGGAAGAAUGGUCACCUUGAGAGGAAAAUGGGUCACCUGACAUGCUUUGCUGGAGGAAUGUUUGCUCUAGGUGCAGAUGGAUCCCAUGAUAAAGCAGGACAUUAUCUACAGCUUGGUGCAGAAAUUGCUCACACCUGUCAUCAGUCAUAUGACAAAACAGUGCUAAAGUUGGGCCCUGAGGCAUUCAAAUUUGAUGGUGGGACAGAAGCAGUGGCACUGAGGCAAAAUGAGAAAUACUACAUCCUUCGGCCAGAAGUGAUAGAAACCUACUGGUACAUGUGGCGAUUCACCCAUGACCCCAAAUAUAGGCAGUGGGGCUGGGAGGCAGCUCAGGCUAUCGAUAAGUACUGCAGGGUAAUCGGGGGAUUUUCAGGCGUCAAAGAUGUUUAUUCUUCAUCGCCAGCCUACGAUGAUGUGCAACAAAGUUUCUUCUUGGCUGAAACACUAAAGUACCUGUACCUCCUGUUUUCUAGUGAUGACCUCCUACCCUUGGACUAUUGGGUUUUUAAUACAGAAGCUCACCCUCUUCCUAUUUUGCGUUCUAUGAACUCUACCCUAUCUGGAAAUAUGGUAUUUCAAUGAGGAUUGCAAGAGAACUGGAGGUGAACUCCACUGUUAUGUCGUAGUGCUAGCAGGACAAGUGCAACUAAUCUUCAGAGAAAAGAAAGGAUCCUAAUCAACAAGACUCGAGCGAUUUGAGAUUAAAUCAUGCAAGAAAGAUGUGGACUACUGGGGUAAUACAUCUUUCACAGCAGAGUAACAAUGAAUGUACAUGUUUACUAUGGUGUAGUUGGCAAUCAGUACAGUAUGAAUGCUGUACAAUUAAUUUUAUGACUGGUGUUCAAAGAAAGCUUAACAGCACUAGAUGUAUGUAAGUAGUACAGGAUUUUUUUCUUCUGCACUACCUGAAGCUAUUGAGUCCCUGGCAAGAGUGGAAUAGCCUCCGUUUUUAAAGAAAUGGUAUCCCUUUUGUGGAGUCGUCUACACGUGGUUCUUCCUAGCAAAAAAAAAUGAAGAUCUUUCAAUUUUUGUAGGGAAAAUCCUUGCAAAAGGCUGCCUCCUUAUUGAACAGAGGGUUUGUUCCAGUUCUGAUGUAGCAUAUGAUUGCUGAUAUCUUGGGAUUGUUGGAAUCUUACCAGUAUAAGUGUGCUUGUAAUAUUUCUGCACCUUGCAAAUUUUCUUUACUCAUAAUGAAGUCUUUGUGUUGAUUUUUUUUUCCAAAAAAUAUAGGUAUCACUGUUUCAAAUGAGAAGGCCCAGUUGACCAUAAGUCUUGGUUUACUUUGAAAGAACUUAAAUCUUGUGGUGUAUUUUCCAGUAUUGUAAAAAGGUGUUUUUUUUUCCAGGAUGUUUCUGUUCUCAUUUGGAUAGAAAAACUGUAUCACUUAUUCUACAGUAUUAGUUUCCAACCAAGGCAGAAAGUUAGCACUUCAUUUGAGACUGAACCAUAUGAUUGUGGUAAAAUGACUAAAAGGUGGCUAAUUUUAAUUCUUGCUUUCUUCUUAGUUCAUAAUUGGCUUUUGUCCAAGAUUAAUCAAACUGCUGUUCAGCAGCAGUGAAUAAAGGUCCAAAUAAGAGUGAAUCAAAACUUCCUGGAUUUGGUACACAUCUUUUACAGUAUUAAAGAGGAAUUGAACAUCUGUUUAAAGCAUCACUUAAUCAAGGUCUGUAAAGCAUUUCAGAAGUUAUCCUGAAUGAAUCCUGCAGAAACUUGUUUCUUUCACUUCCCCAAACUUAAGAAUAUAUUUAUUUUAUACAAUCUGCUCCUCUUAACUCAGUUGCUUAAAUUAUCUGGAAUUUCAAUUUUCUCAGCUCAAAAUUCUCAGCAUGAUGGUAUUAUUUAUGCUUAAUUCAAAGUAAUGGGUAAUUCAGUUAUUUAGUGCAAAUGUGACUUUGAAUUAUUAGGAGUAGAAUGUAUGCAUACUGAAACAAAGGUGUACCUAAUGAUUAAAAAAUGCUGGUGUCUCUGAGGCUUUAUUGUUUACUCUAUUACCUAGUGUUUACUAUAAGUUCAGAUAGGAUAUACCCUCUUCUUCCCUCAAAAACUCUAUAAUUGAUGGAAGGGAUUCAGUGGAAGGGAAGAGGAAAGCUUCUUACUGCAACAUGAAGCUGAAUUCUAAUAUUGUAAUAAGUGAAUAAAACUUCUUGCCACUUCA